AGAACUAUAUUAAUUUUAAUGAAGUACAGCUAAAUAUUUAAAGAAAAAUAUUCGUUAUAUCAUUUUUUAAAAAUAUUCAACGAAUAUUUUAUCAUCCUUAUAUUAAUUGAUAUAAUAAUGAUAUUUUCAUUUCAAGAAAAUGAUUAACUUAUUUGAUUUAUGUUGAUAAAAGAUGAAUCUUACAAAAAAUAGAUAUCUGCGAAACAAAUAGUUUACCAAUUAUUCAAUCAUGCAUAUUAUUCAUUUCAUGAGUCACAAUUUAGUAUUAUACAAAAUACAAGCUCUGAUUAUUAUAUGAUAGAAUUAUUUUAUUUAAAAUAAUCAAUUUUUUAAAAUUAUUCAAUUAUAUUAUAUUAUAGUAUAUUUACUGAUUAUUCUUUUCUUGGAAUUUAUAUAAAAAUUUAUGUAUUUAUAUAAUAUAGUUUGAAAAUAUUUCAAGAAUUUUAAUAUUUUUUUUAGAAAAAAGAAAUAUAUGAACAAAUAUAAAUAAUUCUAAUUAGAUAUUAGUAAUUAAAUUGAAAAAUAAUUAAAACAAAAAAAAUUUUAUAAAUUUAUAGAUUAUAAUAUAUGAAUUAUAUAAUAAUUAAUUUUCGAUACAAUUCAAUCAUACAAUCUGUACUUCAGUUAAAACUAUUUAAGGUUUAAAUAAUAUUUUUGUGACUCUGAACUGAAAUUAUAAUUAUAAUUUUAUGUUUGUUUACUAAAAAUUCAAGUAAUAUUAAUUUACUAGGUAAGUUAAAAGAUAAGAUUAAAUGUGAAUUAUAAGAAAUUUUUUUACCAUUAAUUGUGCAUUACAUGUCAUGACAUGUCAUUUUUUUCUGUUAUGGAUAUUCUUCAUUAUGAAUUGUGAGUGCAUUGGUAAAGUGUAAAAUAUUGUAAGUCUAUAACUGGUGGUAAAAUUUUUAAUUGUGAUCUUUUUCACGCGGUUAAAUAUCUAACUAUAUGAAUUAUAUUAAAUAUCUAAUCGCUGUUGAAAAAAAAUAAAAUAAAAAAGGAAUAUGGGAGUGUAGAGAGUAUGUUUAACUUGAAGCAUUGCUGAAUGAAUAUUGAUGAAAAUAUAAGAAUGAACCAUAUGGUUUGUUAGACGUAGUAAUUCUAUGAAAUAUAAAAUUUCUACAUGCAACAAAAAUACAAUUUAUUUUUAUUUAUACACAUAUAUUCAUUUAAAGUAAUUAUUUUAAAAUUUAUAAAUCGUUUCUUAAAUUAUUGAUAGUAUACACCAAAAAUAAAUUUCGUUAGUUAAAAUUUUUUGUUCAACAUUUUUUUUAAAUUUUAUUUAUUAACUUAUUUUUCCUCUGUACAUAAAGUAUAUUAUUUUUACAUUUAAAAAUAAUCAUGAUGCAUGAAUUGUAUAGAUGUAAAGAAAUGUAUUUAUACUACGUUAUUCAAAAGUAUUUUGUAUAAAAUAUUUACAUGAUCAUGAAUAUAUAUUUAAAAUACAUUAAUAAUUAAACAAAUAUUAAAAUAAUAUAUGUAUAUAUAAUUAUAAAAAUCAGAAUAUUGAAAAAUAUAAUUAUUAAAUUGAUUCUGUUGGUGCCAGUGUGGCACUAAAAGUUACUUCGUAUAUUCUAAAGUAUUCACGUGUCAAAGCGCACAUCGACGUAAGAAUCAGAGUGUAGUGUAUACACUUGUUUAUAGCACAAGAACGUCAUAUUCUAGUACACGUACAGUGACUAAAAUAGUUUAAAUUAUUCAUUAAUUUAUUUCAAAUCUUAUUGAAGCAAUUUUGGCAAACAAAAAAUAACAAAGAUGGCACCAAAACAAAGAAUGCGUAUCGCUAACGAAAGGGCUACAAAAAAUAUUACACUUCGUGGAAAUGUUCCAAAAUCAUCGAAGCCACAAGAUGAAGGAUCUCCUGUUGGACCUUGUUUAUUAGCACUUUUUCUCUUUGUUGUAUGUGGUUCUGCUGUAUUCCAAAUAAUUCAAAGUAUUAGAAUGGGUUAAAAAAACUAAAAAUAUGAAGACAAAAAGAUAUUGCUAUUGCAGUUAAUAUUAAAAAAAAAUUGUCUACAUCUUAUUGAUAUAUAAGUGAAAACAGACUGUCUUCUUGCAUAUUGUAAAAACAUAUAGACAUCAUAAUGAUAUUGACGCAAAACUGAAUUCAAAUUUCUAUUAAAUAUAAUUCUCUUUUUUUGCUACAAUUCAUAGGAAUCAUUUAUAAAAGGAAUUUAGCAUUUAUAAACAUUUUAUGUAAAUGUAUAUAUGUAUAUCAAUGAAAGAAUAUUAUAUUUAAUAUAUUUUAUUUACAGAAAUCAAAAUAUUACAAAUUGAAUAAUUUAUUUUUUUUCUGUAAUUUUGCAUAGCAUUUGCUUUCAGUCUUAUGAAAAAUUUAAAUUCUUUCAUUGAUACUUAUAUAUAAUAAAUAAUUGUAUAUAUAUAUAUGAUCAAUUUAUUAUAUCAAUUUAAUCAAAGCAUUCCAAUGUAAGCAGUUGGUAGCUUUUGGUUGUCUAUAUUUUUAGAGGCCUUAAGACAUGAUAAGUCAUUGUACGUGUAAAAAUAUAUAUUAUAUGUAUUUUCAAUGUAAUUUAUCGUAAUGAAAUAUUUGCUAUGGACAAUUGUUUGUCUAAUUUUAAUAAAUUAUAUUAUGAAUAAAUA